AUGGACUCGCUCACUCUGAGGCUCGGUGAUCUACUCGAAAAUCCCAAGUAUUCUGACCUCGAGAUUGUGUGCGACGGAUACGUGUUCCAGGUCCAUCGAAACAUCGUAUGUCUCCGGUCGGAAGUGUUGGCGAAAGAGUGCGAUGGGAAGUACAAGGUCAGCUUCUCGACGACAGAUCGUCAAACUCAGAAACUAAUGUUCCGAUCGCAGGAAGCCGAGUCCUGCCGCAUUGAACAUGGCGUGUUUGAUCGUUUCGCAGUAGAUCGAAUGCUGCAGUUCAUGUAUCGAGGCGACUACAGAUUAUACGACUCGGUUCGCGGCAGAAUCCUCGGCAAGAGCAGCACUCCAGGCGACCAGGCAGAUGGACAUACCGAAAGCGAAACACCUUCACCUGAAGAACCGCUCGUCUCUCACGUCCACGUCUAUGCCAUUGCCGACUGUAAGCCAUUCUCGGGUCUGACGGACGAUUUCUAAAAACACUCACAACCUCCUGCCAGACUACCAGAUGCCAGAACUCCAAGAGCUUGCCUUGAAGAAAUUUGCCGAUGCGAGAACGACCCGUGGAACGCUCAAUGCAGAACAGCUCAUUCACAUUGCCGCCAACCUCUACGCCAAUACGACAAAGCAAGCCGUCAAGCUGCGCCAAGAGCUUCUUACUCUCGCCUACGAGUCGCCCAACUCAUCCGUGGACAACCCGAUCUUCAUGGGAGCUAUCGGAGAGCGCAGGGAUUUACAAGAAUUUGGUGCCGACUUCCUCGCCCAGUGGGUCAAGAAACACCGAGCAGAGACUCAACGUCUUGCCGAGACCACAGCCAUCGUCAGGAGCCUUGGAGACACGCUCGUUGCUUCCAUCAGACAUAACGAAGAAGCGCAGCAGAAGCUCCAAAUCUUCGACAAACUGUCUCAAGUGAAGGCAUGCGACCACUGCAAGAUAGGGCAGCCGAUCGGGUACGGGGCCUUUUUCAACUACACGUUGGUCAAAGCUGGGCAAGAUGAAUACGGGCUCAAAUGUCUCAGUUGCGCAAAUGUAACGAGACGGCGUCGCCCAUGA